AUGCUGAAGGUGCUGAAGACAGAAUCUGAAGCUGAAGCCCUUAACAUUCGUAUUACAGGAGAACAGAUCCGCACUAAGGCUGUUAGGGUACUGAUGGGGAUUUUCAUCUACGACCCUGAGACCAAUGACCCCUCAAUCAAAGCUGAAGCUGAAGCUGAUGCCGAGGUUGAAGCUGAGGUUGAUGCUAAUGAAAAAAGAAAGGCAGAAGACGCUGAAAUACAGAACAGCACAUCUCUGGAAGAAGACGAGGCUGAAGCAGAGAGUAAAGCUGUUGCUGAAGCUGCUGUUGAAGAUAAGGUUGAAGCUGAUGCUGAAGCUGAGUCUAAAACUGAGAUUGAAACUGAGGCUGAAGCCGAGGCUGGGGUUGAAACUGAAGCUGAGGUUGAAGCUGAGACUGAAGCUAAGUUUGAGGCUGGGGCUGAAGCUGUUGCUGAUGCUGAAAUUGAGGUUAAAGCUGACGCUGAAGCUGAGUUUGAAGCUGAGUUUGAGGCUGAGGUUGAAGCUGAAGCUGCGGUUGAGGCUGAGUUUGAAGCUGAGGUUGAAGCUAAUCCUGAGGCUGAGUUUGAGGCUGAGGCUGAAGCUGAGUUUGAGGCUGAGGCUGAAGCCGAGGUUGAAGCUAAUCCUGAGGUUGAAGCUGAGGUUGACGCUGACCAAGAUGAAGCUGAACCUGAAGCUGUAGUUGAGGCUGAAGCUAACGCUGAACCUGAAGCUGAACCUGAAGCUGUAGUGGAGGCUGAAGCUGACGCUCAACCUGAUGCUGAGGUUGAAGCUGAAGCUGAACCUGAACCUGAACCUGAAGCUGAAGCUGUAGUUGAUGCUGAACCUGAAGCUGUAGUGGAGGCUGAACCUGACGCUGAACCUGAGGUUGAAGCUGUAGUGGAGGCUGAAGCUGACGCUGAACCUGAAGCUGAGGUUGAAGCUGAAGCUGAAGCUGAAGCUGAACCUGAACCUGAAGCUGUAGUGGAGGCUGAACCUGAAGCUGAACCUGAAGCUGAAGCUGUAGUUGAUGCUGAACCUGAGGCUGAACCUGAAGCUGCAGCUGCUGCUGAAGAAAGAAAGCCAGAAGACAGUGAAACAGAGAACAGCACAUCUCUGGUAAACACCAACGAGACGGACGAGCCUGCUGAAAGCACCAGGAAAGGAGACGAGAAAAAGAAAAGGACCAGGAGAGGAACACGAGGCAGAGGCAGAAAGAUCAAUUACAGAAAGUUCCAGGACAACAAAGCAGAAACAGAGAAGCUGAAAGAGGUGGAUGAUGGAGCGGAGGCUGAAGCCAUCAGUGAACUGAUGAACGUCCUCCUGGAUGAGACGGAGGAAUCCAAUGGCCAGUCUCUGGCAGGAGAAAGUGGGGAGAUCGUGAUGAGUGCCGACGCUGAAGCUGAGGCUGAAGCCUUUAAUGAUUUCCUGACCGUCCUCCUGGAGGAGAUAAGCGACGAGAUCAACCUGCCUCUGGGGAUGCUGAAAGAGGUGGAUGAUGGGGCGGAGGCUGAAGCCAUCAACCAGCUCCUGAACGUCCUCCUGGAUCAGUCAGGGGAAAUGAUCGACCUGCCUCUGGGUAAGUAA